GCUAUGCCACGGCCACGAGGGGCUCUGGAGGAAUUCAGGCGUACGACGUGCUGGCACAAGUGGCCCGAAGCGAAGGUGGCGACGAAGUCCUGAAGCUCUUAGAACGUAUUUUGGACAACAUCCGACGAUAUCCUAACAACGACAAAUACAGGUGCAUCAACCUGAGCAAAGCUUCCGGCCAGAAGGUCAUGCCUGCCAUCGAGCUUCUCCGCGUGGCGGGUUUCGAGCGGAUCUCCACCCCGGAGGGCGAGGACGUUCUGCAGCUGGGAAGACCAAAUGUGGACAUUCUUGAAAGGGUGUGGGCCAUGGUGUGGUGGGCUGGCAGGGGCCAUUCCGCUCUGAGCGAGCUCCCGGCUGAGGGCACAGCCGCCGCUGCCGCGCUGGGCGCCUGCCUUGGGGCUGCUGCUGGGGACGCUUUGGGCGCGCCACUGGGGGGCCAGGAGCCGAUGGCAGUCAACGCUUUCGAGGUGGACAAGGCGCUGGAGAUGUGCGGUGGCGGUCUGUGGACAGUUGCCCCAGGACAGGUGACUGGUCACACAGAGCUGCUGCUGUGUUUGGCAGAGGCGCUGGCCGAUGCGGAGGGAUCAGUGUUCCCGUGUGAGGAUGUGGCCGUUCGCUAUGGCCGUUGGGGCAAGACACACCCCUUCCGGGCAGAUCGCGCCUGCUUGCAGGUUUUCCAUCGUCCAAUGCCUCCCGACAAGAUGACCGAACGAGCCCGUGAGGUGAACCAGAAGUCGCUCAGCAGCGGAGCACUUGUCAGGUGUGCAGCCGUGGCGGUGAUGGGCGCAGCGCUAAAGUCACCGGAGAAGGCCGCAGCUCUUGCAAACGAGGAUGCGCGGCUGUCGCACCCAAGCCGUGUCAUCGCUCAUGCCAACUCCGCCCUGGCGUUCACCAUUGCGAUGCUGAUUGGUGGAACCAGCGGGACGGUGGCGGUGGAAGAGCUGGAGAGGUGGAUGAAAAGGCAGCAGGAGCGAAUUCGCACGGGGGUUCCCAAGCCGGGCGAUGGGCCGCGCGGCCAAGGCUUUACGCACAUCUCAGCGGGAGGCGAGGAGGCGGAUGCCUGGUCCCCCCCAGGCGAGGAGCUGGUUGCCUGUGAAGAGGUUAUUCGAUGGGUCCGCAAAGCCAAGGGCAGCGAGCCGCUGCCCUUCUCUGACAUGUCCGCAACCUCGCUGCUCUCCAAGGAAGUGGGCUCUGCCGAGAUCCCGUUUUGCCACGCUGUGAGACACCUGCAAAAUGGAACUUCCUUCGAGGACGCUAUGCGCGCCACUCUCGCUGGUGGUGGAGACUCAAGCACAACGGCCUGUGUCGUUGGUGCGGUGCUGGGCGCUCGGGACGGUGUGCGAAGAAUGCCGGAGCGCUGGGUCCGCGCCGUGCUGGCCUGCGAUCAAAGUCUUGGGCACCAGCGGCCUACAGUGCCUCGCAUUCAGAGGACUUUCUGGGGCCCGAGGCCAGGAUAG